UAUCUGUUAAUAAUACAAUCCCACCACCCAAAAGACAAAAAAAAGGACCUAAAAUCAUUAUUUACAUCAAAUUACAAUUAAUCAGAGAAAAUGCAGGCAGCCCUUUGCAACAUUGCCCUUCCCCACAUUGCCUGCUCCAAGACCACCUCCAAUGGGUUCCCGAUGCCGAGAUCCUCCCCGAGUUCGGUAACAAUUGCAUCCCAGCCUCGGACUGCUGUGGUCAGGGCUGCUCCGGCCUCCUCUGACACCGUCGACUACAGCUCCAUGACCUCCGUGUUUCCAGCAGAGGCAUGUGAAACCAUUGGCGGCGAUGCAUGCCUUGCAGAUAUAUACCCCGAAGCAAGGAUCGAAUCCAAUGCAACGCGGGUCGAUGUCACCAUCAAGUCCGAGGAGUCCGUUGAACGAGAGUACCUCGACUAUGCCAGUGCAAAGACAGUGUUCCCGGCGGAGGCUUGCGAUGAUCUUGGAGGUGAAUUCUGCGAGAGGCCGUACCAGAGGGGUGUUUACUAGAAUGUCAUCAGUGCACAUAUUCUCUGCGCAAACUAUAUAUGUCAUGAAUGUAUAUAUAUCUAUAUGAUCUUGAAAAUUGAGCGUAUUUCUUCCCCCAGAAGAUUAGCAUGUAUCUUGAUGUAUACACAAGCAGCAGUUAAAUAGAGUUUUGAUGAUUAAUUUACAUCUA